AUGGCAUCCUAUUUCGAGACGUUCAUGCAGGGAUGCAGCAAAAUCAUCGAAGAUCGUUUCCAAGAAGCCCCGUUCCAAACGUUCGUGCUGCUGGCUUGCACAUACAUGCUCUCGAUUCCGGCCGUGCUUGUCCUCAUACUUCGUUACUGGCCUUCGUCUCAACCCGAUACUGCUAGACCUCGUCUGAAAUGCCGCUCCUGCGGAAGCACCGAUAUUGCCGAAGGGUCCAACGUGGAGAGGUGA